AUGCCCCCGCCAAUUCAAAAAAGCGAGGGCUUGAGGGGCGCGACUUUUAGCACUCCAAAACCCCUGUGGUGGGGGCCGAGAGGAGGAAGAAGCCAUGGAUUCACGGAUCACUCCCACCGAUCAGUUGCAAACAAAUUGGGAGCUGAGGCUGUGACGCGAUUAGGAUCAAAGAGGAGAGGAAUCGAGAUCACGCACCAAGGAAAGAGCCCAGAAGAGCGAGCACACCAGUCUAAUCAACCGGAUCAAAGAGACAAGGAAGAUCUAGCUCCAUCCAGCAAUGCCUCGCCGACGAGAACGCACGCCCGGCCCGGGCGCCUACAACCAAGACCACCGCCCCAUCACGCCCUCCUCGCCGGCAUUCACCAUCGCCGUACAACGUCCCGCGCGGGGAACACGGCCCUGCCUUCAGCAUUGCCGGCAAGCGCUCCCCGCGGGCGGGGGAACGGUCCCCCGGCCCGGGGGCAUACACCGCCGGCGACACCCGCCCGCGCAGCCCGGCCUACACCAUCGCGGGGAAGUCGUCGCGUGUCGGCGGGGAGCAGACACCCGGGCCGGGGGCAUAUACCCCCGGCCCGGUGUCCAGGGGACCGGCCUUCACCAUGCCGUUCCGGCGGGACUGGAAGCCCGGUGACCAGGGCCCUGGGCCCGGGCAGUACGAGUUUGAGACCGGGAUCAAGGCCACCACCAAGAGGAUGCCGGCCUUCUCGAUCGCUAGCAAGAGGGACUCGCGGAUCUCGGAGCCGGGGCCGGGGCCCGGGACUUACACGCCGAGGACGAGGAUCGCGCUGGACGCGCCGCCGGCCUACAGCAUCGCCGGGAGGAGGGAGGUGAAGAACUUACACCCCACUCCCGGGCCUGGAUCUUACAAUGCCGACGAGAGGCUCCACAGCCCG